CCGCUCGGCAUUUGUUCUUUUCUCUCGUGUGCUCACUGUCACGGCGAGCUGAGGCAGAGGGCGGCGGGUGAUGAACCGAUUAGAGAGCUCGCCGCUGCGGCUUUGAGUCGUCACACAAUGGACAACAAAUAGUGUCCCGGAGACAGGGAGCAGGCGCUGAUGCUUUCAGGAGCACCGGACAGCUCCGCGGCUCUUUUUCCUGCCCGUGUGCUUUUCAUGUGGUCAGCACCUCCGUCCUCAACAUCAGCAGCACACGAGUGAGAAUGGACAGAACCCUGUCCCCGUGGAACUCCACCCACUCUGCUCCUCUGCAGAACAACUCCACCUUCUACCUGCUCAACGCGUCCCCUUCCCCCUCUCCUCCGCCCUGGAAGGCGCCCUCCUUCACCGUGGCCGCGGGCUGCCGCGUGGCCGCCACGCUGGUGCUGUUCAUCUUCGCCGCUGUCAGUAACCUCUCCGUCCUCGUCAGCAUAUGUUGGGGGCGGGGCUAUCGCCUGGCGGCCCACCUCCGCCCGCUCAUCGCCAGCCUGGCCUCGGCGGAUCUGAUGAUGACGUUCGUGGUGAUGCCCCUGGACGCCAUCUGGAACAUCACGGUGCAGUGGUACGCGGGCGAUGUCAUGUGUAAGCUCAUGUGCUUCCUCAAGCUCUUUGCCAUGCACUCGGCCGCGUUCAUUCUGAUGGUGGUGAGUCUGGACCGGUACUGGGCCAUCCUUCACCCUCUGGACUCCUUAGAUGCCGGACUCAGGAACAGACGCAUGCUGGCGGUGGCUUGGACUCUGAGCGUGCUGGUGGCCUCUCCACAGCUGUUCAUCUUUCGAACCAUUAAGGCUGACGGCGUGGACUUCACCCAGUGUGUGACCCACGGAAGUUUCCAGCACCGCUGGCAGGAGACUGCAUACAACAUGUUUCACUUUCUGACCCUGUAUGUGUUUCCCCUGCUUGUCGUGACGUUUUGCUACACUCGCAUCUUCACCAAGAUCAAUGCGCAGAUGCUCAAGAGAAAAGACGGUGAGCAUUGCCUCAGACGCAGUGGCACGGACAUGAUUCCCAAAGCGAGGAUGAAGACCCUUAAGAUGACCAUCGUGAUAGUGAGCUCCUUCGUCAUCUGCUGGACGCCUUACUACCUUCUGGGGAUCUGGUACUGGUUCCAGCCCUCAAUUGUCCAGUACACACCCGAGUACGUUCACCACAUACUGUUCUUCUUUGGCAACCUGAACACGUGCUGCAACCCCGUCAUCUAUGGCUUCUACACGUCGUCCUUCCGCGCCGACCUCGCCGACGUGGUCGCGUUCUGCCGCGGUCGCCGCGGCCAGAACGCCUCGCCUCACUCGGUGGACGGUCUGUCUGCGCGGAGGGCUGGAGCUCCCGGGGAGAUGGAGUCUGAUCUGAGCUCCAACCAGCACAGUGGAAAUCCAUGUUAAUCAGAGACACCAGCGUUCGCAGCAUCGGAUGUUGAAAAAUGCUGCGGGUACUUUAUCUAGAUACGUCGACGUUUAAAAUCUAAAAGGCUAACGAGCUACUUCCCGGGUUAUCAGCAACAAUAACAAUAACCGUCAACUGUCAAACCCUACACGGCAAUGCAACAACUGGGUUCAAGACUUCGCUACGCCAGUAGUCAUCUGUUGCGUUCCAUAAACGGCAUCGCCUAUGUCUCCUGAUUGGUUGGUUUGUUUUCGUGUGACAUCACGCGUUAGGAGCAUGUCACGUCAUGCGUUUAUGUGGCUGCUUCCCUGUGCCCUCUUGACAGCUGCUGGACAACGCAGUUGGAGCCUCAGCUGGGCCUAACGCUAGCGCUAGCUCUUUUGAGUCAGCAGAAAUAAAUCGCAGAUCCUUAUUUAUUUAUUUAUUUGUUUUACUACAAAAACAGCCUAAGUCAGGGGUGUCAAACGCAUUUUGGUUCAGAGGUCGCAUACAACCUAAUUAGAUGUG